GUCGCGCGCAGCUGUUUUGAUAAUCUAAGAAGCUUUGCCUUGGUCUUUGGCCUCCCUGCUUUCUUGCAGCGGAUUCAGUAGAUUCUUAGUCGUCGCUGGGGCUGAAAAAUCAGAACAUAAACCAAAGCCAAACCGAGUCGAUUCGCUAUCCGUUAGCUACCUUGUAAUUCAAUUAACUGGAGGAGAAAAUGCUGAGAUUCGCGGUAAUUGCCUGUGCGGUGCUGGUGGCUUUCGUCAGCGGUUUGGAGUUCAGCGAUUGUGGAUCUAAGACGGGAAAAUUCACCAGGGUGGCCAUCGAGGGAUGCGACACUACCAAGGCCGAGUGCAUCCUCAAGAGGAACACCACCGUUAGUUUCUCCAUCGAUUUCGCUUUGGCGGAGGAGGCCACAACCGUGAAGACGGUGGUGCACGGCAAGGUCCUGGGGAUCGAGAUGCCAUUCCCUCUGGCCAAUCCGAACGCUUGUUUGGAUAGUGGCCUCAAGUGCCCACUGGAGAAGGGCGAGUCCUACCGUUACACGGCCACUCUGCCGGUCCUCAAGUCCUAUCCGAAGGUCUCGGUUUUGGUCAAAUGGGAGCUGCAGGAUCAGGAUAAUGCGGACAUUAUUUGCGUGGAGAUUCCCGCCAAGAUUCAGUAGGGAAUUCAAAGUCCCUCCCUUUAAUUUAACCUCGAAAUACUGAAUUGGGAGUUAAUAUUCUUUCUCCCCUCUCUUAUUGUAAUCUAAUUUAACAUGAAACCCUUAAUUAAAUAUUGUUUUAGUUGAAAAUAAAUGUUGCUUUUUUUGUAUCAUUUAAAAUACAAAAUAAAUAAAACUAUAAGCAAUUCUUUAAAUAAAA